GUGUUAUACAAAUUUUAUACAUGUCUAGAACGAGAGCAAUCAAAAUGGACGAAAAAAUAUAACGGUUUGUCAAUUGUAUGAAAAAGUCGAAAACAGAUUUUUUUUUCAUUUUUAAACACAUUUAUAUAUAUGUAUAUUAAAUGAAAUAUUUACUAGUUAUGAUUGAGUUAGUGAAUUACUCUAAGGAGAUGACGCAACAGGUGACGAUACUGUACGUUAGUUCUUUGGAAUCUAACUGUGCAUAUUAUGAAGCAAUAAUUGACAAUACUGGUAUAGCCGACAUUUUGCUUUGGUUCUUUGCCCGAUCGGUCGUGUCACCUUUCCUUUGUUGUUUUCUUCCUUUUCUAAGCUCUCACUUUCCCUGUUGCAACUGUGAUUUUGAUAUCAUCAUACACUAAACUUGGAGUCGCAUUUGGGUAAGUCAAGCGGAACAGCUACGGUGCUAAUUGUACAAUAGUUAGCACCGUCCUAACCAAGGGGAAAACUACUACUAGUUUGAAUUAGUAGUGAUUUAGCUUAGAUGUUGUAUUGAUUUUAUAAUAAUCCGUAGUGAUUUCAUUAUUUUUAGUAGCGUUUUUUUGCUAGUUAUCACGGUGCUAAACCUUAUAGGGGUUAGCACCUAAUCCCAUCCCUAAGUCAGGGGAUGUGCAACGGUUUGGUUCAAAGCAGAUCAUAUCAGAUAGAAUAUAAUUAGUGCCGGUAGUAGUACUGUAAGUGUGGGUGUGGACGGAGACCCUCCUGUAUAGGACCUUUCGAAUUAUAUGGGCCUAUAUCGGACCUUCAGUAUGUAUAUGACGAAUUAUUAUUAUGGAGUAUUGAAUUUAAAUCACGAGUUUAAAAUAAUAGAGAAUUAAUGCAUUAUACUUUGAUUAUGCGUUUAAAAUAAAUAAAAAGAAUUAACGGCGAAUGGUGAAAGAACGAAUGAUCACAUAAGGGGGAAACUUUGUUUUCUUAUUAGAGUUUUUCCCCCCAACCCAUAUAAGAGAGCUCCUUCUUUGUCGUGUGUUUUCUAUAGAAAAUAAGAAAGGUGAUAUUGCUUGUCCCAUUAUUGACCUGACAAAUGACAAUUAAAGAAACGUGUGAUGAUUGAAAUUUGAUCACCCAUAAGUAAAUCAUUUGUUGAUUCUGUGAUGAUCUGAUCCAUUUUAUGUACUCGACCUAUCUCUUAACUUUUCAAGGAUCCAAAUAUCUUUAGCAAACAUAUAUCGAACCCAAAUUGAAUCAUAUACGAUACUAUUCCACAUAUUGUAAAAGUAUAUAUCGAUCUAAUGCUAUAGCUAGAUGUAGAAUAAAAUCAUAUAAUACCGCAUAGUGAAAUUCGCUUUAUUUUAAUAAAGAGGUCGGAACCUCCUACAAUAAUUUGGGUAUAAUUUCAAGCUAAUUAAUUUGCAUGAACCUUUAUCGUUAAUACAACUGAAAUAAUUCAGACCAUUGAUAGUUUGAUACAACUGGCCGUUUUUUUUUUCUUCCUCCGUAUGGUAAUAUAAAUGUGCAUUAUUAAACAAUAGCAAUCUCAGAGAUCUCUGAUUACUGGCGAGCAACGACAGAAUCAUUGAGAGAGGCAGCGAUUACGAUCCCAUAAUAAACUUAUUACUUUAAAUUUCCUCGUCUCUUGUUUCCUUCUGCAUGAUUUUUGCCCUUUUCUGUUGAUUGCAUUUGACAUUAUAUUAUAAUGCUCUUGUUUUGUUAAUUAUUAAUUAUUAUAUACGUAUCUCUCAGAAGUUAGGAGAAAAGCAUAUAUAUACUAGCUCGGUAGUUAUGGACCCAGAGUAGCACUGGGUCGUGGCCUGGGUUGGCAUCUUCCCUAGAUUUGCCAUUGUAAUUACUCGGUCUCGCACCCGCUUAAGUUCCUUUGGUUUGAGUGUAAUUUCUAUGCUCAAUUGAUCACCAGUAACGUUUCGAUUAAAGAAAAUUCAACUAUUAUGUUAAGUGGAUAGCGAUCGAGUUUUGAAUCGGAUACACGAUCCAAAAAUACUAGUUCGGUUUACCAUCCAACGAUAGGAAAACACGUUGCUAAAAGGGAUCCGACGACAUAGGCAAUUCUCUCAUCGCCAUUAACCAAAGUACUGAGCUUUCUCAACGGAUAAAAAGGCAGAAAUUUGCUUUUUUGCCUGACGAAUAAAGGGGGAAAAACUUCGAUUCGGGUUGGUUUCAGAAUCCCAACAGGCUUUUCCUAUCUCUCGAUCUUUUAAUCAAAAGAAAAGAGUACAAAAGCAAGAUAGACAAAAGGCCAGGCACACAUUCGAGCCGUGUGCCAAUUGUCUUCGUCGUCGUCUUCUUCCUCUGUUCAUCAAGAAUCAUUUUGUGGCCAUCUUUUUUGUCUUUUCUCUUCCUUUUCUUUCGUAAUUAGGUGAUGAUGAUCCUUCGUCCAGUCUACCAACCAACCACUUAUAAAUAAAAGGCGUCUCACCCUUUUGCUCGCCUUCUCAGAUUCUCACGUCGCCGCUCGCUUCUCGUCACUCCCUCCCUUCUCCCUGACCGAGUGGCAGGAAGCCAGCCUGCAAAACCGCCAUUGAAAAUCAUCACCCAACAAACUCCAAACCUCUUUCCAUGGCUGAAUUUACAUGACGCAAUCCGAUCCCUAACCGCCCAUGAUUCUGCCCUGUUUUACGAAAUCAAAGUACGGUUUUGUGGAAAAGGGGUGCUAUGCUAUCUGCGUGGUUAACUCUUUGAAGGUCGGUUGGUUUGCUACUUCUCCUUCCCCCACGCCACAACCUUCCAAAUGUCUACUUCAUCCCCUGUUUCAUCACAAAAACUGGUUUCCAUUCUCGACUGGUUCCCCAAUUCUCACUCUUGAACCAGAAAUGGGUUCUACUUCAUUUUUAAAAUGACUCUGUUUCUGUGGACAUAAGUAUAUUCUUAGCAUGUGACGGUUGUUCCGAUUGGUUUAGAUCUCACAGUACUUCGAUUCUUAAUCUCGCGUACCCUUUUCUUUAAUAAUUUGUUUAUCCCCUCUCUGCUUUUGUUUAUUCCCGGUAGGAAGGUAAAGAGAAAUUGCAGCAACCUUUACGCUUCCAAAUUCGGCAACCCCCUGCUCCAAAACCUUCUAUGGUUACAAAUCCUGGCCAGCAAUUCCAGGAGAUAGUGAUUUUCGAUUAACUUAACAAAGAAAGAUUCUACCUUUGGCCAACUUGGUAAGGUACUAACUCUAUAUUCUGCUACCCUUUGGCCAACUUGAUGAGUAAAAGCAAUCUUUCUUUCGGGAGUGGGAGUACUAAUGGGUUCCUGGUUCUUAUGCAGAGAAUCUCUUACCAUGGAUGGCUUGUGGGAGAUGUUCUGUGGGAAAACGGGGACUCCUGAUGGAGGACAGCUGCUGAAUUCCAUCUCCAUGUUGUUCUUGCAUCAUCCCACUUCUUGUGCCAAUCAAGCAAUCGUGAUCUGCUUCGACUUUGUCCUUCUUGCUCUGCUCCUGUUCAACUUCAUACGAAGAUCAUCAUCACCAUUCAAAAUGGAUAAUGUUCUGCCGCGAUUUCGAGCUCAUUCGAGGUUGCAGCUAGGAUCUGCAGUCUUCAAUGGCUGCCUUGGUCUCUUCUACUUGUUAUUAGGAGUAUGGAUACUGGAAGAGAAGUUGAGGGUACAUAACACCGCGUUGCCGAUGAAGAACUGGCUGCCAUUGUUCCUCCAGGGCUCAACAUGGUUGCUGAUUGGAUUGGUCAUAAGCCUUCGCGGAAGAUCUCUUCCUGAAUUCCCACUCAAGCUUCUCUCCAUUUCCGCAUUGUUGUUUGCCUCAAUUGUCUGUGGAUUGUCCGCGUUUGCAGCAAUUGUAGAUAGAGUUGUUGGAGUGAAGGUAGUUGCAGAUGUGCUGUCGCUUCCAGGAGCUUUUGUGUUGGUGUUAUGCGCUUACAAGGCGCUUGAUAGCAAUGAAGAGGCUGAAAAUGGCCUGUAUUCUCCAUUGAAUGGCUGCAAUGGUGUAGAAAAAGAUGAACUCACUACUCCGUUUGCAAAAGCAGGAAUCUUUGGCACCUUGUCAUUCUGGUGGCUGAAUCCGCUCAUGAAAAUCGGCCGAGAGAAGACGCUGGAGGAAACCGACAUCCCCAAACUAAGGCAUGCAGAUCGAGCAGAGACUUGCUACAUGGACUUCCUCGAACAGCUUAGCAACGAAAAGCCAUCUCAGCAACAACCACCAUCAUUACUCUGGACCAUAGUGAGAUGUCACUCGAGAGAGAUUUUAGUUUCAGGGCUCUUUGCUUUCUUGAAGAUAGUCACAGUCUCAGCUGGUCCAAUGCUUCUCAACUCCUUCAUACUCGUCGCAGAAGGAAACUCCAGCUUUCAAUAUGAAGGCUAUCUGCUCGCUGUAACCCUUUUUCUGUGCAAAUGCGUAGAGUCCUUAUCACAGAGACAAUGGUACUUCAGGUCUCGGCUCAUCGGCCUGAAAGUCCGAUCUCUACUCACAUCCGCCAUCUACAAGAAGCAAUUGAAGUUAUCAAACGCAGGCAGAUUGACACACUCUGCAGGGGAGAUAAUGAACUACGUUACGGUAGAUGCUUACCGAAUCGGCGAGUUCCCCUUCUGGUUUCACCAGACGUGGACCACAAGCUUGCAGCUCUGCCUCUCGCUGGUGAUCCUCUUCCGUGCAGUCGGCUUAGCCACAUUCGCUGCAUUGGCGAUCAUCGUGCUGACGGUUCUCUGCAAUGCUCCACUCGCAAAGCUUCAGCAUCUGUAUCAGACGAAGCUGAUGAUGGCACAGGACGAGCGGCUGAAGGCCUGCGGGGAGGCUUUGGUGAAUAUGAAGGUGCUGAAGCUGUAUGCCUGGGAGAAACAUUUCAGGACUGUGAUAGAGAAGCUGAGGGAAGUUGAGUACACAUCGCUGAGAGCUGUGCAGCUCAGGAAGGCGUAUAAUGGCGUUCUGUUCUGGUCUUCACCCGUUUUGGUCUCUGCUGCUACGUUUGGAGCUUGUUACUUCCUCAAAGUUCCACUCCACGCGAAUAAUGUCUUCACCUUCGUGGCAACGUUGAGGCUGGUUCAGGAGCCUGUGAGGUCAAUCCCUGAUGUUAUCGGGGUGGUGAUUCAGGCGAAGGUGGCAUUCGCGAGAAUUGUGAGGUUUCUCGAGGCGCCAGAGCUUCAGAAUGCGAGUCACAGUCAACGGAGCAGCAAUGUGGGUGGUGCUGAUUAUGCCGUUCGCAUAAAGUCGGCAGAUUUUUCAUGGGAAGAGAACUCUUCUUCAGCAAAGGCUACACUGAGAGAUGUGAGUUUGGAGGUCCGGCCUGGUGAGAAGGUGGCGGUCUGUGGAGAAGUUGGCUCCGGAAAAUCAACCCUUCUGGCGGCUAUUCUGGGAGAAGUUCCAAACACCCGAGGAUCUGUUCAAGUUCAUGGGACAGUGGCCUAUGUUUCUCAAACGGCUUGGAUUCAGACUGGGAGCAUACAAGAGAACAUCUUGUUUGGGUCUGCCAUGGAUAGACGGCGAUAUCAAGAUACUCUCGAGAGAUGUUCCUUGGUGAAGGAUCUUGAGCUGCUGCCCUAUGGAGAUCGAACCGAAAUCGGGGAAAGAGGAGUCAACUUGAGUGGUGGUCAAAAGCAGAGGAUUCAGCUUGCUCGUGCUCUUUAUCAGGAUGCUGAUAUAUAUCUCCUGGACGAUCCAUUCAGUGCUGUGGAUGCUCACACUGCCACAAGCUUGUUCAAUGAAUAUGUUAUGGAGGCACUAGCAAGGAAGACUGUCUUUCUGGUGACCCACCAAGUAGAUUUCUUGCCGGCAUUUGAUGCUGUUCUGUUGAUGUCAGAUGGAGAAAUCCUACGAGCAGCUCCUUACAACGAGUUGUUAUCAUCUAGCCGAGAGUUUCAGGAACUUGUUCAUGCUCACAAGGAGACAGCAGGCACUGAGAGGCUUGAAGAAGUUUCUUCUGCACAUAAAGCAGGAGGAUCAUCUUCCAGGGAGAUAAAGAAAACUUAUGUGGAAAACCAAACACAAGUGGCACAAGGAGAUCAACUUAUCAAGAAGGAAGAAAGAGAAACGGGAGAUACAGGGUUGAAGCCAUACAUUCAAUACCUGAAUCAAAACAAAGGAUAUCUCUACUUCUCCCUAGCUGCCAUUAGUCACCUCACGUUUGUGGCUAGUCAGGUAUCACAGAACUCGUGGAUGGCUGCCAACGUCGAUAAUCCAAACAUUAGCACGUUGAAGCUGAUCGGAGUUUACUUGCUAAUUGGAGUUGGCUCAACUGUGUUUCUCCUUAGCAGAGGAAUAUCCACUGUUAUACUUAAUAUGCAAUCUUCAAGGUCGCUGUUCUCACAGCUUCUCAUCUCCCUCUUCAGAGCACCCAUGUCGUUCUAUGAUUCCACGCCUCUUGGACGAAUACUUAGCCGGGUAUCUUCUGAUCUCAGUAUUGUGGACCUCGAUGUACCAUUCUGCUUCAUCUUCACCGUUGGGGCGACCUCAAAUGCUUAUGCUAAUCUUGGAGUUCUGGCGGUUAUCACAUGGCAAGUCUUGUUUGUGUCCAUACCAAUGGUUUAUCUGGCAAUUCGUUUACAGAAAUACUAUUUCUCAUCUGCAAAAGAGUUUAUGCGGAUAAACGGUACAACCAAGUCCUACGUGGCGAAUCAUCUGGCAGAAUCCUUAGCAGGGGCAAUAACAAUACGUGCUUUCCGGCAAGAGGAACGUUUCUUUGCCAAAAAUCUAGACCUCAUUGACAAAAAUGCUAGUCCAUUCUUCCACAGCUUCACAGCAAACGAAUGGCUGAUUCAACGGUUAGAAACCAUGAGUGCAGCUGUUCUAGCGUCUGCAGCUCUCUGCAUGGUUCUGCUGCCUCCAGGGACUUUCAGCUCUGGGUUUAUUGGAAUGGCUCUCUCCUAUGGUCUUUCCCUAAACAUGUCCCUUGUCUUUUCGAUUCAAAACCAAUGCACUUUAGCAAACUACAUCAUUUCAGUUGAAAGACUCAAUCAGUACAUGCAUAUACCCAGUGAAGCACCUGAAGUGAUUGAAGAGAAUCGCCCCCCACCAUCCUGGCCAUCAGUGGGGAAAGUGGAAAUUUGUGACCUGAAGAUAAGGUAUAGGCCUGAAGCUCCACUUGUUCUCAAAGGGAUCAGUUGCACAUUCCAGGGAGGGCAUAAAAUUGGCAUCGUCGGGCGAACCGGCAGUGGGAAGACCACUCUCAUUGGUGCACUAUUCCGUCUGGUUGAGCCAGCAGGAGGCAAGAUUAUUGUGGAUGGUAUCGAUAUAACCAAGAUAGGACUUCAUGAUCUUAGGUCAAGAUUUGGCAUCAUACCUCAAGAUCCCACUUUGUUCAAUGGAACUGUGAGAUACAACUUGGACCCCUUAGCUCAGCACACUGACCAGGAGAUAUGGGAGGUACUUGGUAAGUGCCAACUUAGAGAGGUCGUCCAGGAAAAAGAAGAGGGAUUGGACUCCUUAGUUGUUGAGGAUGGAUCAAACUGGAGCAUGGGGCAGAGGCAGCUAUUCUGCUUGGGCCGAGCACUCCUAAGGAGAAGUCGAGUACUUGUUCUUGACGAGGCAACAGCUUCCAUUGACAAUGCAACUGACUUGAUAUUGCAGAAAACCAUUAGGACUGAGUUUGCAGAUUGCACAGUCAUCACAGUAGCUCACAGGAUACCAACCGUGAUGGACUGCACCAUGGUGCUCGCCAUUAAAGACGGGCGACUGGUGGAGUAUGAUGAGCCAAUGCAGCUAAUGAAGAGGGAAGACUCCUUGUUUGGGCAGCUUGUCAAAGAGUACUGGUCUCAUUCUCAAUCUUCAGAGUCCCAGUAACCCCCCAAAAAAGAACUUCUGAGAAGCCUUGUUGUGCCCGAAUUUUCCUUAGGAAUCGGCAACUAGACCUUCCCGGCUGUUGUAGCCUUGUAGAAAGUGUUGUAACUAAUGAGUAACUUGCAGACGAACAAGAAGCCUGUAGCGAGAGGGGAAUAUGGCAGAGCAUGGAAAGCUAGAAUUAGAUUUGUAGAAAUGGCUCCUAGCAAGAAAUUGAAUGUAAGCAAUCAAUUCAUGAAAAAAGCAAACACCCAUAUCACGCCAAAAUUUCUGCAAUCACAGGAAUAUCAUAUUGCUCAUUCACUAAACAGAAGACAACUGG